UUUGAGGGUAGCUAAAAGUGGCACAUCAGCUAUGGAACUUGACCAUGAUUCAUCAUCAGAAGAUGAAUCGGCCCAAGUUUCAUCGAAAAAAUCCGGCACUCAACCUAUGCCGAUCCCGAGAUCCGCUGCAAGUUAUGGUACAUUCCUGGCUGCCUCAAUCAGCUUACCCUUAGGAAGUAAGGCAUGGAUGGAAGCAGGAACUGGCUUUAUCUGUCGACGACUAUUACAAGAACACGGCAUGGAGCAUAGUGCCCUGGGGCAGUGGCUGGGAUGGCUAAUGGCUGCCGUAUACAUGGGCGGUCGAAUCCCUCAGAUAUGGCUAAAUAUCAAAAGAGGCAGUGUGGAGGGUUUGAAUCCUCUCAUGUUCAUCUUUGCACUGAUAGCCAAUGCUGCCUAUGUGGCAAGCAUUCUAGUGAGAAGCAGCGAAUGGGAAAACAUCAAGCCUAACAUGCCAUGGUUGCUGGAUGCUGCAGUUUGUGUGGCACUCGACUUAUUUAUCAUAUCACAGUAUAUAUAUUAUAAAUAUUUCAGAGAGACAGUUAACAUUGAUGGAGAUUACAUGGAAGAAAGCAAAGAAGCAGAGUAGAAGGGUGAAAGUUUAGACGAUAACUUCCUG